AUGGCUGAGGUGGACGAAAUGCCCACCUUUGGCGCCGAGCUCAAGGACGGCUUCAAACCCGCCAAUGCUUGGGUCGGACAUGGCAUCGCAUGGCUUGAAGAUAUCCAGCAGUUCUACCGAGAACGCGCUGUCAUCGAGAAGGAAUACAGCGCCAAGCUGACGGCUCUCGCAAAGAAGUACUUUGAGAAGAAGAAUAAGAAGACGGCCCAGUUGAGCGUUGGCGAUUCUCCCGCCAUGACGCCCGGCUCACUUGAGAGCGCCUCAUUGACGACAUGGACAACCCAGCUUACGACGCUCGAAUCCCGCGCCGGCGAACACGAUAAAUAUGCCAACAGUCUUGUAUCCCAGGUCGCCGAGCCGCUCAAGUUCUUCGGUACCCGGUUCGAGGAACUGCGCAAACGCCAUGCCGAAUAUGCCGCCAAGCUCGAGCAGGAGCGCGAUGGCUCGUAUGCCGCCCUCGCCAAGACCAAGGCCAAGUACGACACCGUGUGCCAGGAGGUUGAGGCCAAGCGCAAAAAGACCGAGUCGCAUUACGACAAGGCCAAGGCCCAGAGUGCCUACCAGCAGCAGCUCUUUGAGAUGAACAAUGCCAAGAACACUUAUAUCAUUUCCAUCAACGUUACCAACAAGCAAAAGGAAAAGUACUAUCACGAAUAUAUCCCCGAGGUUAUGGAUAGUCUACAGGACCUGAGCGAAUUUCGAACGACAAAGCUCAACAGCCUCUGGACCGUUGCGACCAACCUCGAAUCCGACAUGCUGCAGCAGAGCAAUGGCAUGAUUCAGCACCAGGGCACCGAGAUUCUGAGGAACCUGCCACAUCUCGACUCCAUGAUGUACAUUCAGCACAACAUUGGCUCAUGGAGGGAACCUCCGGAUAAGCAAUUCGAGGCUAGCCCCGUCUGGCAUGACGACGGAACCAUGGUGGUUGACGAGACGGCCAAGAUUUACCUGCGCAACGUCUUGAGCAAGUCUAAAUCGCAACUGGGCGAGCUACGGAGGGAAGUGGAUAAGAAGCGAAGAGAGGUCGAGGGCGUGAGACGCUUGAAGCAACGAGUCCGAGAAGGCAAGGAGAAGAAGGACGAAGUCGAAGUUGUCCGUACCCUCUUUGCGAUGCAAGAAGAUCUUCACGCCGUUGAUCGUCAGCGGCUGACGGCCGAGGUCGAGACGUCGACCAUCACAUCCGUUGUCGGCGAUGUUACCCUCGGAGCUAAGAACCACAACUUUAAGGGUCAGACAUUCAAGAUACCUACCAACUGCGACCUCUGUGGUGAGAGGAUCUGGGGAUUGAGCGCCAAGGGAUUCGACUGUCGGGACUGCGGCUACACGUGUCAUAGCAAGUGCGAGAUGAAGGUGCCCGCCGACUGCCCUGGCGAACAGACAAAGGAGGAGCGCAAGAAGCUCAAGGCUGAACGGCAGGACUCUGCGAACAAGCUGCUCAAGCCGAGCGCCACCAUGACAUCGACGCACUCAGCCACUUCGGACGGGCCCGACCUCACCCGUUCCAACACCAUGACCUCUCUCAGCUCACACUCGGCACGCCCGUCCUUGUCAGGCUCCGUGUCUGGGCAGCGCAGUCCUGCUGAGGAGACGCCUCCUGAGGUCGGCCCCCGGCCAAGCAUCUCGUCUAAGACGUCCAACACUGUGCGCAAGAACCGAAUCAUGGCGCCUCCACCAACAGCCUACAUCACAGAUGGAGGAGCUAGCGCACCAAACGGCGGCGACAAGGAGGAAAAGAAGGGCAAGAUGUUGUAUGCUUUCGAAGGGAGCGGUGACGGCGAGCUUACAGUACCAGAAGGCCGGGAUGUGGUUCUGCUCGAACCUGAUGACGGCUCCGGCUGGAUAAAGGUCCGCCUAGGCUAUAAGGAAGGCCUCGUCCCAGCAUCAUAUGUAGAAAUAACCACCACAACCACGCCCUCAGCGCCAGCACCCGCGGCCAGGCCCUCAUCCACGUACUCGACGUCCACCACCUCGUCGGUAACAGCCUCGACCAAGAAGAAGGGCCCUGCUGUGGCGCCUAAGCGCGGCGCAAAGAAGCUCCGCUACGUCGAGGCGCUGUACGAGUACACGGCACAGAGCGAGACGGAGCACUCCAUGGCAGAGGGCGAACGCUUCGUCCUCGUGCAGGAUGACCCGGGCGAUGGCUGGGUCGAGGUUGAAAAGGCGGGCGUCACGGGAAGCGUGCCUGCGAGCUACGUCCAGGCUGUCUAG